AUGUCUCCCUGGAGGCAGUUCAUAUAUGCCUGCCUUGCAUUCUCGUCAUGGGGCACCUCGUUAGCACACACUGAGACGAAGCAUAUUUCAAACGAGCUAUUUGACUCAUUAGAGGAGUUAUCUCGACUAGUAGAUAUCUCCUAUUGCGUUGGCACAUCCGGCGUGCAGGAGCCAUUCAAGUGCCUCAGCCACUGCGAGGAGUUUCCGAAUCUUGAGCUGAUCACGACCUGGAGCACAGGUGUACUACUGUCCGAUUCCUGCGGCUAUGUGGCACUCUCGCACGCACCAGGACCGAAGCGCAUUGUCGUUGCCUUCCGUGGGACAUACUCAAUCACAAAUACGAUUAUCGACUUAUCCGCCGUCCCGCAGGAGUACGUGCCAUACCCAGGAAACGGCGACGAAGAAGAAGAAGGCAAAGACGAGAAGCAGCCGGAGAAAUGUCAGAACUGCACAGUUCACGCCGGAUUCAUGUCGGCAUGGCGAAAUACUCGCGAAACAGUUCUCCCACACAUCACAGAUGCGCUUGAAAACAAUCCCGAUUAUGAAGUGACCCUGGUCGGCCACUCACUCGGCGGAGCUGUAGCCGCGCUAGCAGGACUAGAGAUGCAAGCGAUGGGCUGGAAUCCGCAAGUGACGACAUUUGGGGAACCGAUGGUUGGAAACGCUGGAUUCGCGGAUUUCCUCGAUAAACAGUUCGGACAGGGGAACUAUAGCGAUUCAAAUCACGACCCUGAACACCAGCAGUUCCGCCGUAUGACGCAUAUUAAUGACCCGAUACCUCUACUGCCUCUGAGCGAAUGGGGUUAUGCGCCACAUGCGGGUGAGAUCUUUAUUUCGCGCCCUGAGUUACCGCCCACUGUCGAAGAUAUACACAUGUGCGUUGGUAAUCAGGAUCCGAGGUGUAUUGCCGGGUCUGAUUCACCGGAAUCGCUGCAAGAUGUAUGGCAAGAUAUCAAUAUCCCCGUGGAUGUCGAAGAUGUGCCCAACGGGGACGGAGACCCAUGUUCGGAAGAAAAUGAGGAAUCUUUCCAAGAUUUGGGACACCAGGUUGUUCUCGGGAGACCGAGAGGAGCGGGGUCGUCGAAAUGCACACCUACUGAUGAAACUGCGCCCCUUUAUCCUCGAAGCUGGUCGCUGAUUCCGGCGAGAUAUCGGCUUUGGGAACUGUUCUUUGCGCAUAGGGAUUAUUUCUGGCGCAUUGGCUUGUGCUUUCCUGGGGGAGAUCCGACGGGUUGA